UCAGGGCUGCGUGGGUGCGGGCACAACGGCGACAUCUGCCGAGCGUUGAAGCCUCUUGCGCUGGCCAACUACAGAGGCGGCGACUGGCGGCCUGAGAGGAGCUCGAGACUCGAGAGAGAGAGCGACGAGUGCAUGUCUGCGUAGGGAGCCGAGGUGAGCGCUCUGCCGUGCCGCUGCUGCAGCCUUGCAAUCGCUGUCCUAAAAUGGCGUCGGGCUCGGAGCUACCAGAAUAUUCCUCACCAAUUAAGCGUCGGAAGGUCGGUCGCGACGAGUACGGAACGACUCCCGACCCUAGACUUGGCAUUAGCGACGGCAAAACGUCGACCAGCCCUUCCGCCGAGGACUUCGAAGCCUCAUUGAAUGAUAAUAGAUUUUCCGAAUUAAGUGACGGUAUUAAAUCCGCCUCGACCUCGUGCGAUUUAACAAAUUCGUCAACUCCAACUCGUACCGACUCAAUGAGCGACGACACAGGAUUUCCACUCGAUACUGCUGAUGAAAAGGAUGAAGUAUCGUCGACCGUUUCAAAUUUAUCCGAUAUAACAGGAAUUUCAAUGUUGUCCGAUGAUGGAGACGGUAGCUUAGAAUGGAGAAAUGCAUCGUCUUGGGUUCAGAAGCAAAUACAAUUAGGAACUGAUCCUAGAGAUGUUCUUAAACUUCUUUUCUCAGAUCCUACUGAAAUCCCUGAACAAGUGGAUGAUAUUACAUUAUGGAGGAUUGUUAUAAACAUGAUGUCAGAGCCACCUAAGAGACAAAAAUUAUCACACAUUAAUACAAUAUUGGAUGUAGUCAAUCUUAUUAGAAAUAGUAAGAAUAUUAUUGUUUUAACUGGAGCCGGUGUAAGUGUUAGUUGUGGUAUUCCGGACUUUAGAAGCAGAGAUGGCAUUUACUCCAGAUUAGCACAAGAUUUUCCAGAUUUACCUGAUCCACAAGCAAUGUUUGACAUUAAUUAUUUUUCACAAGAUCCCAGACCAUUUUACAAAUUUGCUCGUGAAAUAUAUCCAGGACAGUUUAAACCUAGUCCUUGUCAUGAGUUUAUAAAAAUGUUGGAAAAGCAGAAGAAACUUUUACGAAAUUAUUCACAAAAUAUCGAUACUUUAGAAAGAGUAGCUGGGAUUAAAAAUUUAAUUGAAUGCCACGGUUCAUUUGCAACAGCUUCUUGUACAAAAUGCAAAUAUCAAGUUCGAUCGGAUGAUGUUAAACAAGAAAUAUUUGCUCAAACUAUUCCAAUGUGCCCCAAGUGUCAAGAACAAUCAUUACCUUCUAUAGUUGAAUCAAAUCCCAAUGAAAAUUACAGAGAUUUAGUGGCACAAGGUGUUAUGAAACCAGAUAUAGUUUUCUUUGGAGAGGGUUUGCCAGAUGCUUUUCACGAUGCAAUGGCAAGCGAUAAGGAUAUUUGCGAUCUUUUGAUAGUUAUAGGUUCUUCAUUAAAAGUUAGACCUGUUGCAUUAAUUCCUUCUUCAAUUCCCGCAAAUAUCCCACAAAUUUUAAUUAAUCGCGAAUCACUUCCUCAUUUGGAAUUUGAUGUUGAACUCUUAGGCGAUGGGGAUGUAGUUAUUAAUCAACUUUGUCACAUGUUGGAUGGAAAUUAUAAAAAAGUAUGCUGGCGUGAUAAUAUAUUAGAAGAAGCUUCUAGGCUACUACCACCUGAGUUUCCUAUAAGUGAUUCUUGGGAUCAAAGUCAAGAUACGUUGACAAAUCAGGACUUUUCUCAAGAUAGUGUACAAGUUGAACAGAAUAAUUUCUUAGUAGAAUCUACGUCUAAAAGAGAAUUGAGAGUAUUUGAUCGAGAAGACGAGGAUAAAAGUAAUACACUGGAUAAUAGACCAUGGAAAAAAAUUAAAAGUGAUUCGGAUUUGAAAGAACUUUUUGAAGAUGAACCUAUAUCAUGUACAAAAUUUUAUUCAAGCAUUGUAGAUUAUUAUGAGAAGAAGAAUUUUACUGAUGAAGAUACUUCAAAACAUACGAGCUCUGACAGUGAUAACGAUAGUAUAUCAGAAAAUACUAAAAAUUGUCAAAGUCAGAAAGUACACAAUAUCCAGAGAAGUAGUAAAGAUGAUUGUAAAGAUAAUAAACUACUAGAUGAUAGACUUUGGAAAAAAGAAGGACAUAAAAGACGAAAUACGGAGGAGUCUAAUGAUUAUGCAGGAGACAAUACAAUUUCAGAUAGUGAAUAUACGGAUGUGAGAAAUUUAUCAUUUCAUUCGGAAUAUACAGAACACACAGUUAAAAAUUUUAUAUUUAUUGAAGAAAGUCACGAGAGACAGCUAGGUAGUUUAAGUUUUGAUAAUAAUUUACUAAGGCCGGAGAUGGAAAGCAGUCCAAAGUCUCAAAAUUCAUCUCGUAAAAGCAUUACCUUAAGUUCAGGCGAAAGUCCAACAACUUCUUACGAGUCGUCAUCAAGAGCCACAGAGGAAAUUUUUAUUUCUGAAGAAUGUCACGUUGUCCCUAGAAUAGAUUGUUUAAGAGAUGACUCUGCUUUAGAAGGAAAUACAGAUCCUUCAAAGUCAUCUGAUAAAAUGGAUUUGAAACCCAGACAUGCAUCGAUUGAUUCGGUAAUGGACUCUGCAUUGGGCGACAGUUGUAGCAGUUCUGACUGUCAGAAAAGAAAAAACGAUGUGGACAAUACCGAUGAGAAUAAAAAAUUCCAUAAACUAGAUGGCCAUUCUUGGCAACCCAUGAAUAGAGAUAGCCUUGCAUCAAGACUCCCAGAAAAUACGUAUUAUCAAAUGAAGCCUGGAAAGUAUAUUUUCCCGGGUGCAGAGGUGUAUACGAAUUUUCCAUGGAACGAAGGAGUACUUCAAAUUGGUGGAUUAAGAUCAGCAUUGAUUAUGAGCCAGCUUCGUGAACACUGACAAGAACAAGAGAACUUUGAUACUAAAUAUUGAGGAAGAGAUACAAAGUGAAUAGUCAGGAGAGGACGCGUAGAUGCUGAUGCAGAAAAGACUGAAGCCAAAGGGAUAGAUAAGCAUUUUCAGUCAAAAUGCAGGAUGGAGUUGCUUAGUAUGAAAUGUUGUUAGGUGAUCAUGUACAUGGCUAUUGGGUCACAACUCAAAGUGUGGUGCAUUUAAAAAUCUUUUAUUGUUGAAAAUAGAUGGUAAAUCUUAUUUGGGAAAAUCACAUAGUUGAAAAAAUGCGUAGAUUUUCUUAUUGGAUUAAGUAUCUCUUCUGAAGCUAUGGAGUACAAGUUUUGCAGGUCGAUUUCUUUUACUUGUAAUAAAAAA